CUCUUGGAAAUGGGAUGAAUGGAAUAUAGCUGAGCUGAGGGGGAGGAAGAAUAAAGAUUCUUCACAAUUUCAGUCUAUACUUGUCAAGAAGAGAUUUGAGAAAAUCUUUGGGCGGCAUUUCCAUGAGCAGCUCUCUCAAUUUCUCUUCAGUUUCCCUUCUACUCAACCAGCCAAAGCGCUGUCGUUUCGUUCUCUUCAACCACAAUGCUCCCAGUAGAUUCUCCUCUUCCCUUCCCCGCCGCCGCCACCACCGCCGCCGCCUCCUCCACAAAUUCUUCCCCGAUAUCUCCACCGUCUCCGACCCCUCCUUGCCGCCGUCCGAUAAAAACCUCCAGUUCAUCCUAACCGUCGACAGGUUACCCACCGCGCCCCUGCACCCCCUCAGGGACGUAAUUGAGUCUAAGCUCGCCGAGUUCCUCGACUCCGGGCGCGCCGCCGUGGAAGACCUGCAGACUCUCGUUCGCGUGGACGGCCAGACCCGUAGGGUCGUGAUAUCCUGCCGCAGGUCAACGGUUCAAUUCCUGGGCGCCCUCUUCCUUUCCAGUAUCGUGAUUGUUUUCAGUCUUAGGGCUUUUGUUAAACUAGUGUCGUUAGGGCUUGGGAGAAAUUACGGAGAGGGUAAAGUGGAAAUGGUGUAUAGAAGAGACCGGAGUCUGGGUGGGAAAGAAGUGUUGGUUGCGAAGAGGGAGAGAAGUGACGUUAGGAGCAACAAGAAGAGAAUUGACAUACUCGGAAGUAUUGAGGAGGAGGAUGGGAAUUUUGAGUGGAUGAGAGGAAUGAGGUUGUCGAGAAGAAGUAGCUCCGUGAAGAGAUUGCCCAAAUGGUGGCCGCCCAAUACGGAUUCCAGUCAAGGACUGAUGGAGUUUCGGGAGGAGAAUCAGAGAAUGGCCAAUAUGUUGGUUCGAGCCAUCUUGGACAAUAGAAUGAGCGGAAAGGAUGUUUUGGAGGAUGAUAUAAUUCAAUUACGGAGCAUAUGCAAAACAUCUAAAGUGAGGGUCUCCUUUGACACUGAGCAUGCUCGAGAUUCACUGUAUCGUACAUCUGUUGACUAUGUUCUGAACUAUUGUGAAAGUACGGGUAAUCAGCCAGGCUUUGUUCAGAUUAAUGGUGAGGAUGUGCAGAAGUUCAUUGCAGGGCUUGCUGAUAACAUUGCCCUUGAGAACACUAGAGCUGCAAGAAUGGUGUCUGCAGCAGUUGCUGCACGCACAAGGUCCAGGCUUUUGCAGGCAUGGGCCCUUGAAAUGCAAAGCAGACAUGCAGAAGCUGUUGAGGAACUGCAAAAGAUUCGUCUCAUUCACCAAAUAUUUCCCCCUGAUGAGUACUCGCCUGAGAUGGAAAUGGUGGCUCGAGGCCUUAAAAAACACUUAAAUUUAGAACAAAGGGAAUUUCUUAUGAACACAUUCAAAGGAAUUUGUGGUGAAAGCUCUGGCAGAAGUGUGGCUGAAGCUCUUGGUCUGAUGCAUUCACAGGAUGAUGCUGUUUAUCAAGAGGAAGCAAAAUACACUUAAGAUUCCAUAAAUGGAUUGUACAUACUAGUUGUUUCAAGACUUAGGUAUUUCAGAUAUAUAUAUAUAUAUAUAUAUUGCUUUUGUACUUCCAUUUCCAUUAGAAGUUUCAUGAUUUAUAGAAUAUUUAUUAAUAUUUUA